CUACGCUGAAUCUGAAUCUUCACAGUGUUUCUUCUUAGGGUGGAAAUGACUGGUAGUUACAGAGCGUGCAACUUCAUUUCCUGCUGCAUGACUGGAAUGACUGAAAAUAUCUGCAAUUAUCAUAUAUGCUGCACAAAGAAAGGCGCAUGUAUGACACAGAGCGUGCAUGUAAAAUGUUUAUUUUAUUUAUUUAUCACCUCAAAUGCUAAUUUAGAGUAGAUACCUUUGAGAUAGAUUAGUUUAGCAGGAGGUAUGUGCGUAAAACCAGCGCUGAUUUAUUCUGGAAAUGUUCCUGAUUUGCUUCUUGCAGUGACUUGGUUGUCCCAGCCAUGACCCCGCGUAUGACCUUUGCCCUGUUUGCCCUCCUGGUUCUUCACAGUUGCACCGCCAUGAGAGUCAGAGCCCAGCGGAAACAAAGACAAGCCGAGGAGCGCCUCAGACCCUAUUUUGGCAGAGUCGAACCUGAAAAGCUCUGUGAGCUCCUGAAGUGCCACAGUCCAGUGGGAUCUUGGUGCCAGGUGGUUCCAGAAAAUCAAGUUCUUGUCCCAAAGUGUGUGUGUCCUCAGUACUGCCCACGGCAGAGGGCACCAGUGUGCAGUGUUCUGGGAAAAACAUAUGGCAACGAGUGCUUGCUGCAUAAAGAAGCCUGCAGAAAGAGGCAUCGCACUGCUUUGGCUCACACAGGACCCUGUCACGUGGCCAAGGCGAGCUGCACUGAGGAGGAGUUAGGCCAGUUUCCAUACCGCCUGCUGGACUGGUUUCUGCUCCUCAGUCGUAUGGGAGAGUCCUACACACCUGCUGCACCACCCCAGAGCUGCCUGAACCACACCCAGAGGGUCCAGCUAGCACAGCACAGCUUUGCCACGUUGGAUAGGAACAAGGAUGGUACGUUGAGCCGCAGGGACCUGAGGAAGCUGCGUUAUAAGAGGAUGCCGCUGGAGCAGUGUGCUACACCAUUCUUUCAGUCAUGUGACCACAACAGGAACAAGAAGGUGACACUGCAAGAGUGGACGGCUUGUCUGGUAGAUCGAUCAGAGGACUGGUUCUACCGUUUCAUGUCAAUGAGAAUGGGCUCCCGGAAGCUGUGUCCUACAACUGUCGGACGUGACCUCUGACAUGAUAGCAAUCGUCAUCUCCUGAUUUUUGACAACAUAGGGGAAGAGUUGCCGCUGUUAUGAACCGGUGCUUCCUCCAUUAUAAAUAAGUGAGUCAUCUCUAAAUAUAAAAAGCUGCUUCUCUGUGCAAAUAAAUGGCCCAAAUAAAUAAAAGACUGACCUCGCAUUUUAUUAAUUACAGCCGUGUGUGAGUUUGCAUUGGAAAUAAUUAUGAAGGAUCAAAAUGAUGCAAGUUUUCCUUAUGACUCUACAGAGAAAAAGUGCACA